CGCAAAACAAAAUAUCUGAAAAAUAUUUGCAAAAUAUUUAUUUUUACGUUCAUUUGACAACAUAUACAUUAUGUGAAUCAUGAUAACGCAAAUAGUACGACUAUUUUAUCCUUUAGAUGAUUCGGAAUGAUUGGAAAAUAUAAGUGAUACUCCAGCAACAAAUCAAGCUAAUAGAUGUCGCUGUUUAAGGCACGUGAAUGGUGGUCGACUGUUGUUGGGGAGGAUGAAGAAUACGAUUGUGGGUGUUUAUGUGUCGCAAAUAUUGAUAAUGCAGCAAACGGACAAGAUAAAGCCCCAGCCAUUGAAGACUGAGUCUGGAUGGAGUGGUUACAAGCCAGAAGAUGUCCUAAUAGAGCAGCAGUUACCCCAGCCAAUCCUGCAAGUGGAGGCAGGACACUUCAUAGCAGGCAGUGGCAACAAUGAAAACCUUAGCCUUGCAAUACUUCACCCAAGGAAAAUAGCAGUUUAUUCUUUAACAGCUGUGGUAGGUGCAGUUGAACAUGGAAGCCACUGUAAGCUGAGUCUCGUUUAUGAACACAAUUUACAGAGAACAGCUUUCUGCUUCUGCUAUGGACCUUUUGGUGGUGUAAAAGGCCGUGACUUCAUAUGUGUGCAGUCAAUGGAUGGUACAAUUAGUGUAUUUGAACAGGAAAGUUUUGCUUUUAGCCGGUUUCUCCCUGGUGCAUUGCUACCAGGACCUCUGGUUUACCUGGCUAAAACUGAUAGCUUUAUAACUGUAUCAAGCAGUAGACACAUAGAGUGUUACAAGUACCAAGUACUGGCUGUUGCCACUGAUUCCAAGACUAAGGAAGAGUCCCAGAGUCUCAAGUCAGGCAAGCGUGUUGCAAUGGACUGGAGUUUGAACAUAGGAGAACAAGCCUUGGAUAUUGCAGUCUCAAGCUUUCCAAAUUCACCUGUCUGCAUAUUUGUACUGGGAGAACAUAACUUGUACUGUGUAACAGAGUUUGGGAAGCUUCGCUUUGCCAAAAAAUUUGAGUUUAAUGUUAGCUGCUUUUUGCCUUAUAAAACUGUAACUGAAGGCACAGUGAAUACACUAGUUGGUACUCACACAAACUCACUGAUGGUCUAUCAGGACAUCACCCUGAAAUGGGCUGCUCAGUUACAACACACUCCUGUUCAGAUCAGACUGGGUAACUUUGGAGAUCUUAAGGGUGUGAUUGUGUCUCUGAGUGAUGAGGGUCACCUAGACUGUAGCUACUUGGGUACUGACCCUGCCAUCUUUAUGACCCCAGCCUCUGAGAGCAGAGAGACAAACUAUGAUGAUCUGGAUGAGGAACUCGCUGCACUCUCUGAGAAAAUCAAAGAAUCUUCAAAAUCUAUCGCUGCAGUACCAGUGGCAAAGUCAUCAGGAACUGAUAUCGAAAUCAUCUCAAGUGUACCUCCAAACCUUGAUGCUCCUUCACGAGCUUUGGAGACAUCUAUCACAGAUGAAGACACCCCAGUGCCAUCUAUAACAGUAACUAUCCAACUGAAGGCCAAGUCGACUGCCAAUAAUGUUAAUGUCACCAUCCAUGUAGCCCCACCACUAGUAGUAGAUAAACCAGUGCUAAUGUUCCCAAUGGUUGAUGCUAGUAGUAAUAUCAAAGCAGAAGUGACAUUCUACAUUAAAUCUCCAUUCCUUCCUGCUAAUAUGGAUGUCCAGGUGACGGCAACAUAUCAGACACCUACAGGUGCUCCAAGAGUGUCCCAGUCCAGUUUGAGCUUACCACUGAAGUUGAUUGUAAAACCAGCAAUGCCAGUGAAACAAGCAGCCUACAAGAUAACCAUUGAUACAAACAAACCACCAGUUAAUCUUAAUGACGUUUACCCAGAUCUUCUUGGAGAAAGUGCUGGUGGCCCGGGUAAUGCUCUUGGAUUCCAGUACUUUGGCGGUCAUCUAGUAACUCUACUAGCUUCAAAGACAUCACAGAGGUACAGGCUACAAUGUGACUCUUUUGAGUCAAUCUGGCUGGUUGUCCAAGACCUUGUGAAGAGAUUGACGGACUAUCAUGCUAGUAGACGUAUCUCCGAUUUCAAGGUGUCAUUUUCGAGCAAUCUUCCCUUGCAAGAGUUCUUUGAAGUUGUAGAUCAACAUUUUGAGUUACGAUUGAAUAAUGAGAAAAUGAAAGAGCUACUGAGUCAAAGAGCUACGCAGUUCAGAUCCAUCCAGAAGCGUUUGCUGACCCGUUUCAAAGACAAAACCCCAGCACCCCUAGCUAACCUUGACACUCUCCUUGAUGGCACAUACAGACAGCUGCUAGCUCUCGGCGAUGCUAUAGAUGAGAACAGUCAGAAACAGUCCAUAGUUAGCAAUCACCUGAGCUGUGCUGUACAGCUGCUCAACUAUAUCGUGAAAGUCUGGCUGGAUAUGUCCGACUCUGAGUUCCACGUCCUCCAAGGUUCACUAACACCUGUCAUAUGUGACAAUGGUGAAGUGGGCUGGGAAGAAAUAGUGGAUACCUCUAUCACUCAUCUACUGAGGACAUGCCUAGCAAAGAGCUCCAAAGAUCAGACAAUCAACCCUGCUCCACUGACAAUGCCCAAAGACACCACCAAGAUCAAGAAGCAUGUGGCUUUGCUGUUUGACAGGCUUGGAAAAGGAGCCAGACUAUAUAUUGAAGGUCAACAAGAAAGUAAACCGCUAAACAAUGACAAGUUAAAGUUACCAUCUCCAAGAAAUCGGUCUAUGGGGGAGGAGCCAAGUGAAGAGUUUGAGGGUGGCAGCACCCCCCUGGGAGAGGCAGAGGUACCCACAGGCAGCAAGUUUGGGGAUAAGAGGAAGUCACCGCGAGGCCAGGGACUUGAGCCACUGAAACCUCUGAAUGAUAGGGAAAGAAAAGGAGGUUCUAAGUCAUUAAACGAGCAGGAGGAGAAGCGCAAAGAUUUAGUGCCAGACUUGGAUGACCUUUAUAGUUCGGUACACAAGGAGGAGCCCCCUGAACCAGUAAAUGCUAUAGGGUCCCUGCCUCCGCUAGGUGGUUCUAAAUUGCCGCCUGUGUCAAAUUUACCACCACUAGGAAGUAUAGGUGGCGCUGAUCUCGAUGAGAAUGAUCCAGGGGGUGGGGCAUCUCGGUUUAAGAAAAAGCGUCCUAAAGUUCCAGAUUUAGAUGACAUGGGUUCAACUGAUUCACCACAAGACAUGGAUGAACUGCUGAAUGGACUUGGCUCAGAGAAAGUCUAUUCACUAUAGCAUCACAUAAUUGGACUCAUUUUACAUUCGUAAUGUACUCUCUGGGAUGUUUUUUCCCGUUAUAUGUGAUGCAUUGUGGUAUUUGAUUAUGCGUGUUUUUUCCGUCCACUGUUGUACAUGUAUUCUAAAUAUUACUCUUGUCUGUGGCAAGUUAUGAGAACUACAAAUAUACAUUCUCAGAACUACCACCAACACCAUGUAUUCCAUGCGAUGUAAAUAUAAAAUGAAGGUUCCGAUGAAAGUACAUUGACUUUUGAAAAUGUAAAACAGUUCAAUGAAUAGAUGGUGCUGUCUGCGAGUAGAUGUCAUAUUUUACAGUCAUGUACGCAUCUUUAAACAUGAAUUCGUCGAAUCACAUCAAAUAAUAGUCAUUUUUCUUACCUCUCAUGUUGAGAGGGAAUAACUAUUUAAUUUGGAGAUCAAUUAGUCAUCUUCACAUUUCAAAUGAACAAUAUAAUCCUCAGUAAUACUUUUCUAUGUAUAAAGAGACACUAUUGUAUUGCAUAUAUUUCUCUAAAUGGCUAUUUUAUAGUCAACAUUUAUGUGAUGUUUGAAUGAAUCUCUGUGUGAUGUCAUAGAUAUUUUUGUGGAUACAAUUACAACAUACUCGUACAGUGACCUAAUUGGAUACGAAAGGGUAUACUUACUCUCAGUCCUUUGUUUGAAAGACAGGAUCACACUUCUAUCUACAGAUUACGUGAUCUGAAAUGCUAUUUGUAAUGUUGCUGUCUUCUCUAUUUUGAUAAAUGAAUGUUUUUUCACGAAUUGAAAUUUUUUCACAAAAUUGAAAAUAUUCAACCUAGAUCAGGUACUCAACCUUUGAUUAAAGGUUAACUACAAAGAAAUAAUUAAAAACUAGAAUAAAAAAAUUGCGCACAAGAACAAUCAAUUACAGUCAUUGUAGAAUUAUAUAAGUACGCAUUAUGAAAAUUAGGAAUAAAAUGGUAUUACAGUGUAUUACAUGUAUUACAUGUACAUAUUCCGUCCAAAUCUAGUUCUACCGUACUCUAUAUAUUUUCUCACUCUGAUAUCAUAACAUUGACAUAUUGGUUACUGCAAUGUAAUGUAUACAAAACUAAACUAGAGUCGUGAAAGUUAAGACUAAAUUAAUUACAAAAUACAGCAUGACAACGUAUAAGAAUAUCUGAGUGUAACUAUAGCCUAUUUUUCUUUCAUUUUAGAUAAAGAGUUCAUUCCAAGAGGUCUACAUUAUUGACCACAUCGUUGUUAUUUUUGUGUAUUGAGCUAUUAAGAAGAGGGG